CACAUGAUUGCCGCAAUGCGCCAAUUAUUGGUGCAUUUUAUAUGCCAAUCGUGUGAUUGCACAAUUUAUUGUCCAAUGCGACAAUCAAAAAUAAAUUGUGCUGAUUUGCGGCAAUCAAAUACAACUCUGUGCGUCAAUCAAAGAAGACAAUACGCGUCAAUAACCUGAUUUUUUUUAAAUAAUAUUUUUUCUUGUGUUUGUACCGUCAACAUUUCUUUGUCCUUUAAUAUGGAAUUCGGUGAUUGCAUUGUAUACGAAAAUUCAGCUGAGCUUGAGUUCUUUUCCCCCGAUCAGCAACCAGAAACACCUGUGCCGAAAAAAAGAAAAAAACCAAGUGUAAUUUGUUCCUGGACCUACACUGCAAUACAGGAGCUGAUACAAGCUGUGGAACAGCAUCCAUGUGUUUGGCAGUAUUCAUCCACCGAGUACAAAGAUAGGAAUAAACGGGAGCAGGCAUGGCGGGAAAUUGAAAAAAUGUGUACAGGGCACACGGUGGAAGACUGCAAGGCCAAAUGGUGCAACAUUAAAACGGCCUUUCAAAAUGUAAAAAAAAAACUAAAAUCAAAAUCUGGUCAGGGAGCCGAAAAUACCAUACCACAUUGGCCGCAUUGGUCUGCAAUGCAAUUUUACAACGACCACUCUGUGUCAAAAAUGUCAAGUACAGUGUCAACAUUAGAUUUGGAUGACUCUGGAAGUACUUCACAACAUGCCGCUGCUGAGAUUGUAAAGGUAGACAAAAGUGACAUUUUGCAGCGUGCAGUUAAGUGUUUAGAUGCGGAGGAAGAUAAUUGGCACGCGAUUGGGAUGUAUUUGGCAUCACAAAUGCGAGAAAUUGUCAAGAAAAACAAGAAGGCUGCGAACAAACUGCAUUUCCAGCUUGUCAAAGUCGUAAUGGAUGCAGCUUUGGAAGCUGAAGAAGAUGAUUAA